AAAAUCAUGAAGUAAUGAGGGUCAGGAAGAAAAGUCUGAGAAGGAAAUCGGUCAUUACUGGCAGGUUAGAGCAGAUAGUGCUGUAAACUCAUGUUAGGGCUCACGAGACCUCACGAGAAAUAGAGUGCGAAGAUUGCAGUUUAUGGGGAUUAAUUUGUCUUUGUGUGUAUAUUCUUCUCUCUAGCUCGUACGAGAUUGAGUUCAGCGCGCAGGGUUGCGGUCGUCGCUGACGCUGCAUAUUCCUGACUCUUCCCGGCUGAACAAAAUGUCAGGUCGAAAAGAGACAGUCCUCGAUCUGGCCAAGUUUGUCGACAAGGGCGUCUCCGUGAAACUUAGCGGUGGCCGGCAAGUGACCGGGACCUUGAAAGGUUACGACCAGCUGCUAAAUUUGGUGCUGGACGAAGCUGUGGAGAAUUUGAGAGAUCAAGAUGAUCCACUCAAGACAACAGACCAAAUAAGGCCUUUGGGCUUGAUUGUAUGCAGGGGCACUGCGGUAAUGCUUGUGGCUCCAACUGACGGGACUGAUGAGAUUCCCAAUCCCUUUUUGCAACCAGAUGCUGCCUAAGCACGUCAGUGUCCAGGGGCAUUGACGACCAAAGUUCCAACAAUCGGUUAGCAUCUUGGUAGUCUGUCUGGAACUUAAAGAACAGCCUUGCCUGAUAGGUAUCUAAUGGUCUUCAGCGAAAUAAUCAACAAUGAGGCCUAAAUGUUUGUUUUGACAGUAUAUUUAGCAUGAUUUAGCGUCCUGAAAGUUGUUAGGCCAGUUCACCGUAAAGUUCCAAUUUAGAGCGUCGGGUAUUCAAAGAGUAGUAACGUCUGGAGAAUCAAUGUCAGAAUUCGCCGAGAAGACGAGUUAAUAGUACGGAACAGGUAAUUUUUUAUCAUGCUUUAUCAUCUUCAAGCAGUUGAAACUCAAUUCUGCAAAGGCAAAGGCAAAGACAGUUGUAAUUUCCUUGCCAGUGAAGCGUAAUGUCAACGGACAGGUUUGCAAAUAGUGUUUAUACAAUGGCGAAUAAAGUCAAACACUGUAGAGCAUCUACUCCAUAUGCUGGUUGUCGAAGUGCCAACGCGCUGGAAACAUUGAUUAUUGCUUAAGUGAACGUGAUCAUUGCAACACGAUCGAUUUAUUAGAUAUUGGCGCUUGCAAGUACUCCCGGUAGGAUUGAGGAGGGCAUUGUGCUGCUAAAAAUUUACAGUGCACUGGCCUUUCCCCCUUGUUUCACCAAGCCGUAAGCCACAUGCUGACUUUUUGAAAAUGAUGCAAAUCCUGACAGCUUGAGACGAAAUGCCAAUUGUCUCUGUACAAAAGUGGUGUUUAAAAAAAAUAAAUGUUCGCAGUAAUUCUCUUUCACUAUGGGGCAUCUUCCAUUUCCUGAUUCCCAUACCACACCAGAGAAUGCUUAGAAAACCCUUGUCUAAACGUUGGCGUGCCUGCCAAUAUAUCUGGACGAACUUACUCGACUUUGUAGAUCCAUUUUGAAUACUCUAUUUCUAUUCGAAAGCCAAAUGAGUCUCAUCCUGGCUCAUCCUCCUGGCUGGUUUGACGCCUUCCGCACCAAAGUACGAAGACCAAGC